GCACCCACAGGCCGACGCAUCUGCUAACGUUCCAUACUAUGGCAUUUGCCUCGCUCAGUGCCCCAUGAAGGGCGACGUCGUUGAGGGUCGCGCCGCGAACGUGAGCUUUGAGCCACUGCUCCACCGCUGCAUGCCCAAGAACAUCACGGAUGCUUCGACAAAAUCUGCUUACGAGGGUGUGUUUGGCGAUGCUUCGACCGCCUUCAAGUAUCUCUCUCGCUACAUCCACGACCUGCAGGUCACGUACAAGGCCAUAUUGGGCAUUGGUGCGGCCGGCGGCUUUAUGGGUUGCCUCUUUUGGCUCGCACUUCUACGCUCGGUGCCGCACCUCAUCGUAUGGGCCAGCAUCCUCGCUGUUCUUCUCGCACUUCUCGUGUGCACAGCUGUGUGUGCGUCUGAAGCCAACUUGGUUCAGAACAGCCAGAUCAGCGCACUGGCGUCGUCGAUCCGGAUUGAGACGAACGCAAGUCAUGAUGCGUACUUCAAAGUGGCCACCAUCGUGCUCCUUGUCAUCGACAUUGGCUAUGUGCUUGUCCUCGCCUUCCUUCGGUCUCGCAUUCAGCUCUCGAUUGGCAUCAUCAAGGUCGCUUGCACUGGCCUCUCGCACAUUCCCAUGCUAUUGUUCUUUCCAAUCGUGCCUGCGCUCAGGUUGCUCGGCCUAUUUGCAUAUUUUGUCGUGUCAUCUGUGUACAUUGCGAGCUGCGGAAACCUCUCAGCGGCGCAGCUGAAGGCUACAAUGCAUGGACCCCGCUAUGCAGAUACGAGCAGCAAUGCGACGGAUCCGAACCUGAUGAAGUACCUCUUUGCCUACAACAUCUUUGGCAUCUUCUGGACACAGCAGCUGAUUGAAGCAAUCGCUGUGUGCACGAUUUCGGGCGCAAUUUGUCGCUACUACUGGUGUGACAACGAUCGCCGCCAUGAUCUUGGCUGGGCUGUCGGGUAG